AUGGACACCUACAUUAUUACCUCUAGAGUUGGUGUUGAUUUGCCCCUAAGAUGCAUGCAAAGCAGGCCUCAAUUGGGUUCUCAACUCUUCGUUCUCCUUAAAGCCAUUAAAGAAGUAGCACAUGAGCUAGAGGUCUCCAUAUAUGCGAGGAAAAAUACCAAUGCCAUGGAUAGAUCUUCCCCUCCUCUCGAGCUUCUCACCCAUGAUUCCAAACCUAGCAUCCAAUGA